UUUUCGUUAUCGUUUCCAACAACAUCAACUGUAAAAAGAAACAACUUUCAGAAUUUAUUGAAAAUUAUUGUGCGAGCAAACUCAAAAGAUUCGUCAGCAUUACGGUUCGUCUCAAUAUAAACGUACAGAUUCUCAAUCGCGGGAUGAAUGCCUCUGGGAAGACCAAUGGGCGUGGUGCCGGUGCCGGUGCCGGCGCUAGUGCUAGUACCGGUGCCCCUCCAGCCCCAAACUACAAUCGACGCAGCACGGACGCGACGCGCGUCACUGGGAACAGCAGCUCGGCCAGGGCCAUGUUGACGGCGCCGCUAUCGGGUCACUCGGCGGGAGCUCGCAAGGCGGCUCACUGCGGAGCGGGCGAUGGAGACUCCGUUGACGGGGGUUCCUGGAAGAUGCAAGGACAUCGCCUAGGCGGCUGUUCCCCAGCAGCCACAGCACCCAUAUCGCGCCUGGCACGGCCCACCAUUGCCUCGGCCCUGAGGGCAUCCAGCAAUCAACAGUCGGUCAAGCACCAGCGCGAGCAAGCCGCUGCUGCACUGACGGCCACUCUGCACAGGUCGGAAAAGGUGGCCGCAAAGAGCAAGAGAGCUGCAACUGGAGGUUGGGCCAGGAAGGAAGCUGGGAUGACAGAGUCGGCGAAGCUGGCGGCUCGAUCUCGUUUGUGGCCAUCAAAGAAGGCGGGUGGAGGUGAGGCUCUCCGGCGUAAGAAGGUAGCUGAUGCCAUGAACCUGGAGGAGACUUUGGAGGCGGACGAUGCUGGCCUGGAGGCGGAUCUUCCGGAGGAGGAUCCAUCCGAUUGCCUGCUGGAGGCGGGCGUUCAGACCAACGAGGAGGAGAUACUCAGCCAAGGCCCGCAUCCUGGCUUGAGGGUAGUGACCCCCUCCCAGCCACUGAUGGAGAAAAUUGUAAGAGAGCGUCGCGAAGCUAAGGCCCGGCUGGACCGCCAAGCGACACGCAGAUUCGCCUCCUACGAGCUGGAGGAAGAACAGCAUCUGGACGAGCUGAAGGAGUUCUCGGAGCGCAAUGCCAUCACCAAGCGCAGUCCCAAGAAGCCGCCACCCGUCAUGUACGCCAGCUACGACAAUCAGUACCAAAACGUUUUCAAGUCCAUGGACGACUUCUUCACCCGUGAGAUCCCAAAGUCUGAGUCCAUCACCGACAUCAAGGAACGCAUCAAGCGCAAGGAGCUGGAGCUCCUCAGCCUCUUCGAUGGGGUCGACAGCACAAAGGAGUAGCCAGAUUUCGAGCCGCCACCCCAAACCAGUUUAAAUUCCAAAUUCUUUGUAUACAAAUUGACCAAAGUAGUUCCCGACUAAAGGGAGCAAAGGGUCCCAAGUUCGUUUCAAUAAAGUUGAAAUCUUCAUCCGAAGAUCGAGCUGGGCAACAUA